UAGUGGACUAAGAGAGUUGAUAAAGUAGAAUUUUUAGUUUGUAUUUUAUAAUUUUAUAGACAAACGUUUGCACAACGUGUCUAACACUGAGAAUUGUUGUGAAUUUUGUUUUUAUAAUUUUUUAAUUGAGUUUUAAUUGUUGGGGAAUUAAUAAUUGGAAUUUGAAAUGGAAGCGUCAAGCAAAACUGAUUCCACAGCUCCUCCUGCUAAGCAAGUUAUGGUUUAUGUUUGCGGAGAAUGUCAUCAUGAUAAUGAACUCCGCCAAAAAGAUUCAAUCAGGUGCAGAGAAUGCGGUUACAGGAUCAUGUACAAAAAACGUACCAAGCGUCUUGUUGUAUUCGACGCCCGCUGAGUUUUGGAGCCUUCAAUAUCCUUGUAUAAUAUUUCUACGGCUACAAUUAUAAGUUAUUACAAUAAAUAUGUUAUAAGAUAUUUCAAUAAAUAAGCUGAAUAUAA